CGUCAACAAACAAACCCUAAGAAAACGAAACUAGAGAUGGGUCCGAUCUCAAGUUCUUGGAGCUUCAAAAAGUUCUUGGCAAUAGUCUUUGUCGUUUUCGCCAUCUCCGGUGAGUUUGUCGCCGGAUAUUACAGGCCGAGCCCGUGGAGAUACGCUCAUGCCACUUUCUAUGGCGACGAGACCGGUAGUGAAACCAUGGGUGGUGCAUGUGGAUACGGAAACCUGUUUAACAGCGGUUACGGCCUGAACACGGCGGCACUAAGCACGACGUUGUUCAAAGACGGUUAUGCAUGCGGCCAGUGUUUCCAGAUAAUGUGUGUGCAGUCAAAACAUUGUUACUAUGGAAACCCAUCGACGGUGGUCACAGCCACCAACCUCUGCCCUCCCAAUUGGUACCAAGACACCAACAAUGGUGGUUGGUGCAAUCCUCCUAGAACCCAUUUCGAUAUGGCUAAACCGGCUUUCAUGAAACUCGCUAACUGGAAGGCUGGCAUCAUCCCUGUUUCAUACCGCAGAGUCCCAUGCAAAAGGAGUGGCGGUAUGAGGUUUCAAUUCCAAGGAAAUGCGUAUUGGCUUCUCAUCUUUGUCAUGAAUGUCGGCGGCGCCGGAGACAUCAAAAGCAUGGCCGUGAAAGGUAGCAGGACGAAUUGGAUAAGCAUGAGCCACAACUGGGGGGCCUCUUACCAAGCUUUUUCUUCUCUCUACGGCCAGUCUCUCUCUUUCCGGAUCACUUCUUACACCACCGGUGAAACCGUCUAUGCAUGGAACGUUGCUCCGUCUAACUGGAACGCCGGUAUGACUUACAAGAGUUACACCAAUUUCCGCUGAAAACCUAAAAGGGAUUUUUUCUUUUAUGAGUUUUCUCCUCUCCUUUUGUUUUUUUUGUUCUUGGGAUUUAAAGAAGCUUUGAUGGCCUUUGUUGUGGAUGGCCCAUCUUUAUGUUAUACAUCUAAUGUAUACGUGUAACGGAUGUAUGUAAUUGUGAUAUAACUCUUCAUAAUCAAAGUCAUGAUGAUGAAGUCAACCCUACUUGAUCAAGAGACUUUCAUUUCGUUAUCAGAUGUGUAAUUUUGUUUUUUUUGUGAGUGUGAAGAAAAAAAUGUCUACCGAUAAAUCAUCGCAUUUUUCC